UAUUUUUUCAUGGAACGCGCGUUCCAUCCUUUAAUAGUGGGGGAAAGGGGGAAAUGAAAUUCUGAAAAAAUUAAAAACCCCGCCAUGCUCUCCUCUACCUUCUUUCAAUCGUUCUUCUCUCUCUCUCUCUCUAUCUCUCUCAAUCAAAUACCAAAAAUCGACUAUUGUUGGAACUAGGUUCCGGUUCUUAGUGAAAUCGAAGGUUUUUUGGUCACUAGGCCAUGAAAUUGAUCAAAGGGGUACAGUUUUUGGAACCAUGACUAUUUUUGGAACUAAGGUUUCAGUUCAAAAACCCUUCAUCUACUUCCCUCGAUCUUUAGUUCCUCAAGUACUUUCUCAGCCUCUCAAUCAAUAGAAGAGUUGUAUCACAACUACAAAUUUAGAGUGAUUUCCAUAUCAAGUAGAACAGUAGCUCCAUUAAAGUCAAGGUCUCGAAACUCCAUGGUCAAUCACCAUCAACAUUCUACUUCUUUAUUUGUUCCAGAGAAAUGGCUAUGAAGGUCGGUUGGGUUGGACGAUUCUCUGGAGGACGAGAGAGAUUUGGACAUGGCAGAUCGUAGGGCUACAGAGAUUGAGCUUGAUACCAUGGAGGGUUUUGCGUCAAGGGAAAAGCUCCACCAUCAUCUCAACGACCAAGCUGAUUUGAUACAAGAAAUUGAUAGCAAACUACCUGUUGUACAGCUUGCUCUUGAGCUCACUCACAAGAUCUUUGGUUCUUGUCCACCUAUGCAAAGUUUUGAUCCAGCCAAGAUGCUCACAGACUACGGGAAGCUUCAAACACUUGAUAUAACGGUUGCAUGCAGGAAAUCAUCAUGUAAAGUUACAUCUACAUCAGUACCUCCAAGCUCUUGGACUCCUAGAAGUCAAACAGAAAUCUUACAAUUGGGAAAUUUAAAGCCUUUUAGCUUCAAUGUACUUAAAUUGGCUACAAGAAAUUUCCGACUCGAUAAUGUUCUUGGAGAAGGUGGAUCUGGGUCGGUUUUCAAAGGAUGGAUCGAUGAACAAUCUGUUAAGAGAUUAAAUCAAGCGAUCUUUAAGUCAUCUGGCCCAUGUUGUUUAACCAUUCAACUGAUGGAUGUUGGGAAUGCAAAGACUGAUGUGGUUGCGGUUUCUGUGGAUCAUAAUUUUUCAACUUAUCUUCACAAUGGUUUUCUUUCUGUUGUGCCUGGAAAAAAGGAUUCUGGUAUUAUGUUGCAGAGAAAUAAAUGCCAAUUCUCAGGUAUUGAUGAAUCUUCUGCUAUAUCAGCUGUCAUGGAAGGCGUACAUGUGGUGAAUGGUUUGGAGUAUAAGAUGUAUUGCAGCUCAUCAAAGUUUGAUGGAUUUCAGAAGAAUUCUAUCCAAAUGGUAAAACCAGCAAAAGGAACAACAACUUUGGCUUUUAUUUUUAAGGAAGGUGUGAUGGUUGCUGCAGAUUCCCGAGCUAGCAUGGGAGGCUAUAUAUUUGACGGGGAGAGUGGAAAAAAAAGACGAUGGUCAGAGGGGAUUCACCUGGCUGUGGAGGCAAAAGAAGGGUUACCAAUCCAGGCUGAUUCAGUUGUAGUGGCACAAAUCACAUACCAAUCAAUGUUUAAGCUUUAUCCAAAGCUUUCAGGGAUGACAGGAACUGCAAAAACUGAACAUCCUACUUUCAUUGCUUUCUACCAUACUAGCAUACUCUUUAAAAAAGAUAUCUUUCAUAAGGCACUGUACUUUGAAAACUAUACCACUUAUGGUUAUAGCUCUAAAUACGUGGGCAAAAGUGAGAACAAGAGUUGGACAUAUGAGAAGGCAAAAUCUAUAAUUUCAGAGUCAAUUGAAAUGAGCCAGUCAAUGGGUUUAGAUGAACUGCAAAGGCUUGUGGAAGAACAGGCAGAGAUGUACCCUCUUGGUCCUUGCAUUGCAAUUGCCUAUUUAUCGGUUCUAAAGGACUGUGAGAUUCAUUGCUUUCAUGAAGGAUUGGAAGUCAAACGACUUGGUGGUCUCCAUGUCAUUGGGACAUCUUUGCAUGAGUCCCGAAGAAUUGAUAAUCAGCUUCGUGGCAGAGCAGGAAGGCAAGGAGAUCCUGGAUCAACACGCUUCAUGGUCAGGUAA